AACAAAGUUUUUUUUGUGGUCGGAAAUGACAUUUUCUUGAUAAAGUAUCAUUAAAAGUCGUUCAUUUUGCCCAAGACAAAUGGUUUUAUUCUGAGAGGACAUACGAAGGAUCGUCAAUAUAUUUGAAGCUUUUGAUUUAAGGAAAUAAUGAGUUUCUGUGGCUGGUCAGGGGGAGAGAAAUAUAAAAAUCAUUUUGCUGAUGGUAUUUAUGUAUGUUCAAAAUGUGGACAUGAAUUAUUCAGCAGUGAGAAGAAAUAUUCUCAUUCAAGUCCUUGGCCUGCAUUUUCAGACACCAUUCACAGCAAUAGUGUUGUUAAACACAAAGAAGGUUAUAAUGCGUAUAAGAUAAAAUGUGGAAAUUGUAAAAAUGGUCUUGGACAUGAGUUUUUGAAUGAUGGUCCAUCACCAGGCAAGUCAAGAUUCUGAAUAUUCUCUUCCGCUCUGAGCUU